AUGUCUGGAUCUAAGAAGGGUCCUUCCAAAAUUUCUAGACAUUUGAAGAAGGUGGAGGAGAGUCCUACGAAACCUGUUCAGGAGAAGCAGAAAACAAAGUCUCCAAAGAAGAAACCAACAGACGAAUUCAUUAUUUUGAAGCCUAAGGCAACCACUGGGGCAACGAAGACUGAUGAACUUUCAAAGUCACAAAGCUCUUCUGAUAGAUCUCCAAGUUUAUCUCCAUCCAUGGUUCGAAAACCACAUGUUACGAGGAAAAGUGUGGUGAUUCGAGAAAUUCUAGUUCCGCUUUCACCUUCGUUAAAGAAGCGUAAAUUCGAAGAUAUAGCUAAACAUAUUUCGAAGAAACAAAAGAAGAAACUUCGUAAAUUGGUGAUAAAUGACGACUCUAUCGAAGACGAAGUUCUUCAGGAUCCACCAGUGACAACAUCUCAAUUUGGCACUUCAAAUGUCAAAAUGAUUGUUGUAUCUUCCUCAGUUUCUCAACCAGAACCAAUUACUAUUUCUCUUCCAUUGGAAACAUCUUGGUCUCAAGAACCUUUGGAGAUAUUCAAUUUAAUCCUAUAG